AUGCCUACUGCUAUCCCAUUCCGAAGGCGCGAUCCAGGCGUAACCGCCCAGACGGCCUCUUUCAACGACAUCGUCUUCCCCAAAAUCUACGAAGAAGCCUGGGGCAGCUCCGACCCCAACUCGCUGGAUCAACGAACCGAUUUCGACCGCUCUCGCAUCUUCCUCAUGCGCAUAGCCAACAUGACGCCCGAUCCCUUGAUUAUCCAAGAGUUGCGCAACAUCGUUUCGAAUCCGCAGAAUAAAACAGUUCAAGCCCUGGCUACGGCGAUACAGCACCGGAUAUUUGGAAACUCACACGGCUCGUUUGCUACCACGCCCUUGAUGCAGUCUGUGCGGUUCAUGCUUCUCAAGUCUCGCGUGCCGGAGCUUAUUCUAUCCGACCGAACAAGAUCGGUUGUCGACUUCUUCUUCGAUCCGACGCUGGAGAGAAACCUCAACCCGCCACCGAUCGGCGAAGUAUCCGUCUAUAAGUAUGUGCCGGGAAGAUUAAAAGUUGCCAUCAUAGGAGGCGGCCCUACUGCCCUCGCAUCAGCUAUUGCGAUCGCCGAGAAGGGCGCUGGCAGCGUUGAGGUACACAUGUAUGAGAAGCGCUGGGUGGAAAAGCAGCUUCCCAACGGCGAAACUGUUGUCGACUAUCCGCCUACCGCUAGGAGAAGAGACCAAGUCGUUACACUUCAAGACUCUGUCACUUCCCUACUCAGCAAGGCGUCAUAUCAAGCGCUCUUCGCAGGCAGGCCAGAGCGGGUAUGGCCCGGGUCGGCCAACAUCCAGAUCCGCAAGGUAGAAGACCGUUUCCUCAAGCGGGUACAAGACUCAGAGUUCCAAGGCCUUGUUUUCCUGCACUGCGAGGGCGUCACAAGAGAAGACCUUGCCAAAGUCGGUGAUUUCCACGUCUUGCUAGGCGCCGACGGUGCUGCUUCAUGGGUGCGCCAGUCAUAUUUCCACGGAUAUGAAAAUGAGCGCGGAAGAAGCUAUGCCUUGGGUUUGGCUUUUGACAGACCUGCCGGCUUGCCGUGGUCACAGUCCCUGAACGUCUUUCUCACGCUCGGACAGACACGCUAUUUACUGAAUGCCAGCGAUCACGAUGGCAGGGGCUACUUGAAUAUGCAACUCACCGAGGAAGAGUGGCACAAGAUGCUCUCGGUUGACGGGCAGCCAGUCCAUUUCGGCAGACCAGGUUGCUUCAGGAAGCCUGACGGGAGUAUUCCCGAGGGUUUCGAGCCAAGUCAAGUUUUCGCGCCAUCUGAGGAUAGGAGCAGCCCUCUGUGGACAUCAAUCUCAGAUGGCCUCAAGCUCUUUGGAUUCAAGGACGAAGAAGUCAUCAACGUUGUGCGCAUCCCAAUUGUUGUACAAGCCGUAAGAGAAGGAGUACAGCUGCUGCCACCUCAAGACUCCAUCAACGUCAAGCGCCCCCAUGCUCUGGUCGCAGUCGCCGGCGAUGCUGCAAUGACGGUACACUUCUGGCCAGGACGAGGCCUCAACAGCGGCAUCAAGGCCGGCCUAUCCCUCGGAGACGAGCUUGUCCACGCACUAAACAGCGGCAAGUUCAUCGGCAUGCCCAUCAGCGCCAUGAAAGAGUACAACGACUUCAUCCUCAAGCUCCAAGGACGCGAACACGACAAGCGCAGCAUCCCCAUCCUGAACCAGUCCGGCUCUCCAGAAAUGCUCGGCUGGCUCCUCCAAAAGGCCAACAGCGUGCCCGACGCCGUAGCCAUAGAGUGGCUGAUUGGUGCCAUGACGCAAAUCGCCGACCGUCUCCAGCGAAGAGACGACUGGUCCUACGAGUACGUGGAAAACGUCGAGCCGCAGCUGCGCAUCGUGCUACGCCAACUCGCCCCGUUGACGCUCAAGGAAAUGGCCGUCAGCUUUCCCUGGCCGACGCGAGAAAUGGCCGGCGCCGAAGUGCUGCCCAUUCGCUCCAUGAAGGCCGAAGAGAAGCAGAAGUGGCUCAACAACUUGUGGGGUCUUUUGAAAGACGAGAAGAGCAAAGACAGCCGUGCCGCCCCUCCUCCUCCUCAAAAUGGCGACAGGCCUACUUCAUCAGCAAGAUUCGAAGCUCCCAAAGGUGGUAAAGCGAGACCGGCGUCUCUCAUGCCUCCUAGUCGCGACAGUCUCGACAGCGGUAGUUUGAGGAGGAGCAAUGCCACGCAAAGUGUGCGGCACAGUCGAAAUCUCAGCGUCCCGGGCGAAGGUGCACCGAGGGCCAGAUCACCAUCGCCGGGUCCGGGUGGCGAGGUCAGCUUGAGCAGGAUGCUGACGGUUCACAAGAAGCCGCCGUCGUCGGUGUUGGGAGAUGCGUUGUCGCUGGCGUUGUUCCGAGUGGAGGAUCAGUGA